AUGGAUCCCAAUGACCACUACUAUCUCGAUCGAAGAUACAACAACAAUCGCGGAAGAUUUGGUCAGAAGGGGUAUAGAAGUCAACGCUUUAACCGGCCACAAGGCCGUUACGGCCACAACCACCCGUGGAAUAAGAAGUGCUUCGUCUGCAAUAAGGAAGGAUCCUACGUUCUUGACUUUGAAGGUCACGAGAUGGAUGCCCACGAUGAUGCUGACGACCCCUGGGACGAGGACGACAAUGAAGAUAAUGACAACAACCCAGAACAGUGGCACACAAGCCAAAUGCUCUGCCAGCAAGCCUUCAACCAUCUGAUCACAGGGAAGACAGGAGCGCUACUCAAGACUCGAUUCCAGGGCAUCAUAAUUGACACAGGCGCCGCGAAGGUUUCCACAGCUGGCUACGACCAAUGCAUCGCUCUACAACGAGAAGACCCUGCUAUAACGCUCGAUAAGACUACAGCAGGCCAAGCUUCUAUCAAAUUCGGCAACGGCGAAGCCAUUCUAUCCCUCGGCAUCUAUUUCAACAACCUUACAGACACCAUUGUCGGACGAACAACCCUCCCGGUUAUCCGCAAAUGGGGACAUCCUUGGUUCCUCCUACCUAAGACCAACGAGGCCGCUAUCGCAUUCCUCACGGAGAGCGAGAUCCGCACUCUUCAUCGUCGAUUCGGGCACCCAGCGGUCCCAAGACUUCACAACCUCCUACGGCAAGCUGGCCACAACGAUGUGACGAUAGAUAUCCUAGAGAACAUCUCGAGAUUCUGUCAUCACUGUCAAAUGCACUCUCAAGCUCCAAGACGCUUCAAAUUCACCCUAAAGGAUGACCAGGAAUUCAACUACGAAAUCGUCGCUGAUGUGCUCUACCUUGGAACCCCUCAACGCCCCGUCUUGCACGUGGAUACGUGGGAAGCCCUCCGAGCCCUCUGGAUAGACACAUAUCUCGGACCCCCUGAUACUAUCAAGCACGACGCAGGGACCAAUUUUGCCUCCUAG